UUUGUCUGUCAGCUGUCCUCUCUCUCUCCCUUUGUCUGUGUCUGUCUCCUUCAUCCAUAUUUACUAAGAGUGACAUGUGUUUUCCACGUCUUGCUCUGUGCACCCGAGAGUCAGGUGAUCCGUCUUUGGCAUGUGCAUGAAAUCAGGAGGUGAAAGGCUCAUUGUCACAUAUUUUCCAUUCAACAAAGGAUUUUUGUCUCGAGCUGAACUGCAACAGAAAGCAGAUUAAUGCGUCAGUUUGCUCAGUGGUUAUGUCAUUACUUUCCAGUGUCUCUCACUCACUCACUCUCUCUGCACACACACACACACACACACGCUGCCUUUCUUGCCGUCUGAUUAGUCAGCAUUGCCUAGUAUCUAUCGGGAUAGGAAGGAGGAAAAAAAUAAAAAAAGGAAGCUGUCCCUCCCUCUCCCACAGCUCAUUGGCCUGCAGUGAACGAACGAAUGAAUGAGAGCAGCACGGGGAGAGGGAGGAGAUUGUUGGUAAUGCGUCAUCGGCUGGCAGGGGCUCAUUUAAGAGGCUGUGGAGCAGAAGAAGAGGGAGAGAGAGUGAGCUUAAAAGAGGCUGAAUGACAUUUUCAGCUCUCCACACCCAAAAUCCUCUGGAAAAUUCCUUCAGUUCGCUUCAGGUUGCUGCAGGGCUGAGCGCCGACACCGACUCCAGCACCGAAUAUUAAGUGCUCCACACGCUGAGCGCUGGAUUUUGUCUCUCAGUUUGCAAGUGUUGCAGCAGGAGAUCCGGAUAGAUAACCUUGGAAUGUGGGUUAGGAGGUUAUGUGUUGACCGAGACGACGUGUAGCACAAGAAGAGAAACCGGUUCACCACAGGAGAAGAUCCACGUGUCCCACUAAAAACUGACCUGUUUCCUGUUAAGGACCAUCUAUUAUUUCCUUCCCGUCUGUCACCCUGGGGAAGGCAACGCUCCUCCGAUCCCCCCGAUUUCCCCCUUCCUCUUCAUCAUCAUCGCCAUCGUCAUCCCCACCGCCGCUGAAGACCGUCUCGACAUCCCGUUGCGCUCUGACCUCGGGUAUCAGGUGGAAAAGGCUUCGGCUCUUCGGAUCGCCCGUCAUGCACAUCAAGACCACCAAGUGUAACCGCUUCUGCCUGGUCGCCUCGGUGACCAACCAGGAAGUGUUCAGCCGUCCUGAGGCACAGGCCAGUUUUGAAGCCUUGUUCCGCUCAUUCGACCCGGAGGUGCAGUUCCAGUACUUCAAGUCGUUCCGGCGGGUCAGGAUCAGUUUCAGCGAUGCUCUGGCUGCUGCCGAGGCGAGACUCCGACUCCACAAGACAGACUUCAACGGCAAAGAGAUGAGACUGUACUUCGCCCAGUCUGUCCACAUAGGGAGUCCUCGUCUAGAGCCCCCGAAACCAGACAAGCAGUUCCUGAUCUCGCCCCCCGCCUCCCCUCCAGUCGGCUGGGAACAGUCUCAGGACGCCACGCCGGUCAUCAACUACGACCUGCUGUGUGCCAUCUCUAAGCUGGGACCAGGAGAGAAGUAUGAGCUCCACACGGCCACGCCCACCACCCCCAGCGUGGUCGUCCACGUCUGCGAGGAUGAGCGAGGCAACAGCUCGGCCCCCGAUGACAGCGACCAGGACGACAAGCCCCGCCCGGCCCGGCCGAAGAUCAUUCAGACGCGUCGCCCCGACUACACACCCGGAGUGGAGCAGUGAGCGACCACGCAAAGCGUUUCGACAGCCGUAACAUUCAUCCCGAAGUGAUUGAUCAAGAGCUCAACACGCUCUCAGAGGAUUUGGAGAAGGUUUGGGGACUUUGGGAAGGCACCCGAGGGUGCUGCGAUGACCUGUAGAUGAGCAUUUCAUAAGACGGAGAGAGAAAACAGUGUUGAAUGCUGCAUUCGUGUCCGUGGGAAAAGACAGGAGAUAUGAACUUCCUGCUGUUCAGAUUAUCCAUUAAAUGAUAUGCUCGUGAAUUUGAAGAUGGAAUUGAAGGAAAUAUUAGUUUUGAAGUGUAAGAAAUGAAAUGUCGUGUUUUUAGUGCAGCGAAGGAGACUUGGUGGUCUGUUUCUACUUUUUUUGAACUGUAGUUCGUGUAUUCUGUAAGAUGAAGCUGAUCAGGCGCGAAUAAAAAUCCUGUUCAGGAGUGAUUUAGAUGCUGAUUAUUCCCACGUGACAUGAAUGCAGCAUCAUUCUUACCGAGUCAUGUUGUGUUUUCCUCCCGCAGAGGAACGGACUGAAGGGAAAACGACUUUUAAAUCCAUUUGUCUGAAAUGUUUCCAACUGUUCAUUUUUGCGAGGGUGCUACAUCCGUCUGUCUGUCAGCUGUAGAGUUCACACACACCGCCGGCGUGUACUUCGGUCCCGUGGUCAUUUUGACGCCGUGGCUCCUCAUUGCUCAACUGCUGUUUCAUGUAGCCAAGUCAACGCUCGCCUUACUCGCGUUUUCACAGGCGAGCCUGGUGUGUACUGCUUACAUUGAAGAUGAGGCGUUCGCCACAGUGUCGUUCCUGUAACUUCUAACAGUGUUAUCCGGGAUUCUUUCAGUUUUUGUACUCUGCCUGCUCGUCUGCGUUUUGUAGUGUAGCUAAGAACUGUUGUUGUUUGACAUUUACUGAAGCUAAAUAAAUGCUUCUUCAUUCUGAUUGUAGAACACACACUCUGCCCGGGUUAAUCUGAGGGCUUCAUCUUCACCAUCCAUUGUAAGUUGUCUGUAAAAAAUUUAAAAAAAAAAAUAAAAAAACAAAACAGGGCUAACUACUUGGGCUAUCUGAACAGAAGGAAAAUCCAACUGAAGCACUGUUAUUUAACCUAUGACUCAGGCCUUAUCCGGUGGGUCCCUUCAAUAAGAGUGCUCGUGUAGUUUAAGGAGAUUAGUGUGUCGCCUGUUCAUGUCUUCUUGUAUUCAUACAGGCUGUUAGCUUGUUUAACACUUGUACGUAUGUGAGUCUCUUUUUUUGUCCUGACAGGUAAUACUGUCAUUGAACUGCUCAUAUUAAUGUUACAUUAUGAUGUUGUUACACACCUACUUUUCUCUUUUGUAAAACUGUAUAAACUGAACUUUAUUUGGUGAACACACACCUCUGAAGCCCCAGUGUUAACAGAUGUGUGUGUGUGUGUAUGGUGAUUAAUGUAUUUGCCAUUUGCAAUUAGCUUUUCUGGCUCUUCUGCAUUCUGUAUUCUCCCCAUCUGUCGCUUUAUUAGCUUCGAGCUAAAUCUUAACAAGAGUUCAGUCUUAACACUCAACUGUCACCUCAAAAAAACAAACAAGUGAUGAACUUUAAUUUCUACAUUUUCAGUCAGUUUCUUCGGUGCCUCAGGAGUUGUGAAGUUUCUCUGAGGGCCCCUGACAUACUGAACUGAUCAGGACUGUGAGACAACAGAUGCAUUCAUAACCAGGCGGGGUAAUAAUAAUAAUACACAAAAGGUACUAGCAGGACAAUCCUCUCCAACUCAUCACUUGACAUAACUGUUGGAUAUGAAUGAGAAACCACACGCAUGUGCAUUAACAUGGCUUUUUUCUUUCUCUGUGGCCAGUAUUGUCUGUCGUCGUCUUGGCUUGAGGAAGCUGUAAAUUUGUAAUUUUGAGACUCGCAGUAGCAACUUAUAACAGAUCAGAUAAUGUACGAGUAAAAACUGUUAUUGAAAUGAUGAUACAGCAUCUUCAAAGAGUUCUACGCAUCAACAGAUACAUCCUGUACAAUGUAAUAAUGGUUGGAAUUAGAUGGUGGUGAAACAUGACAUUAUUUGUAGUUAUCAGUUGCUACAGGUUCCUGCUCUGUUUUUUGUUUUGUUUUUUUACUCUUGGGGAUCUCAUUGAAGCUCGCGUUCAGGGUGACGAGAGAACAUUAGCUUGUGGAAGCAGCACUGUGAAGCAUGUGACGCACUGCCAGUAGGUCAGAAAGCUCGUCUGUCCCACAUUAGAGGACUGGAGGGUUGCAUAAGGCUCUGUCAGUUUAGCUACUUUUUUACUACUGGUAUUUUAAGUUCAUUUAUCUUUUGAAAACAAACAAACAAACAAAAAAAACAUUAUUGAGUUAUCAUUAAAUAAAGAUUUGACCAUC